UUACCUGUGGAAACUAAUUUUUAUAUUUUGUUCCAAUACUUUCUGAAAUUUAUUUUUAUAUUUGUCUAAAGAAUUUGUUGUGAAACAUCCUGAUACUAUGCAUUUUACUAUUUUUAUUUUUAAAGAGUGAAUUGACUUUGAUGAAUAAGACGAAUGAGUUCGAGUAUCUAACCUACCUUUAUAGCUGUCACACUAACACAGCGCAAGUGGAAUAUCACUGACACAUAUCUAUGUAUGAGUUUUAAGAAACUAAUAUGGCGGAGAACGGUUCCCCCUGCAUGCCUGCGAGAACACCCCCUCUUACCUAAAGUAGGACUUUAUUCUCCGUGUCUCUAUUCCUAAGUCCGUGGUUCUAACACAGGAAUGUGCGCAUUAUAAUCUUUGAACGCAGGGUAGCUAUAACGUCUGGCUUACGUUUCAUUUUACUGCUAGCCGCUUAACUGAAAAGAAGUUCGUGAUACAUUUUGCUUGCAAAGAAGAAAAACUUAUUCUUACUAAAAUUAUACAUAAAUACGGUGAUUAAAAAGCAAAGUUGGUGUGCGAGAAAAGGAAACAAAGGACCUUUGUAAUUUUUUGUUGUAAGAUGGACGGAGUUGAUAAAACAGGACCACAAAAUUCAAGAGAGAUAACAUUCCCCUAUCGUCGUUUACGGUAUGAAGAUAUUAUUCAAUAUCCUUAUAUCGACAAACUGUCUAUUCCAGGUUGGAAUACUAAGGAUAAUCGUGUGUCUAUUGACUUUAUUUAUCAAUUUGCAAUAAAAAGCUUUAGUUAUUCAUGUGACAAUAGUGAAAAGCAUUGUAGUUGUUAUGUUGCUGGCAUAAUGGGGCCACCUACAUUCUGUUUAAGUGAUGAAUGUAGUAAACGGAAAAGUAAAGUGGAAAAACCCACAUAUCGCGAAUCAAAUACAUAUCCUCCUAUCAUUUCACGGGCUCUUAUCGAUUUGGAUCGCAGUCCACUUACAGUGGAUUCUAAAAAGACUUAUUGUAUUAGGCUGGAGUAUCACAAAGCUGUAUAUCCACUCAGAAUUUCCAUUUUCAGUGAUUCGAACUCGGCAAGCAUUAUAAAACGAAUUUGGGCUAAAGAUUCUGAUGACAAAUGGUCUCUGUUAUGGGAUGAAAGCAUUCAUUAUAAAGAUUCGUAUUCAAAUAUGAACACCAAUUACAGACCAAUAAACAGUUUUUCUAUUUUACGAUCUGGUACCUUUAAAACCAAAGUGCUGAGACUGGAAUAUGCCUGUCCAUUACAGAAUUUGACGCUAUCUGCUGUAAUGCUUACUGGAACAUCAGAUUUCAUACUUCCUAGAAGACUUGAACCAUCAAGUCCAUCUUGUCUAUUUGAUCUGUUAGAUAAGAUUAAUCCUUGCCUCUGUCGUCCAAUACAACAGUAUGAAUUUGCUUUAAAUAUAAUUGCAGUCGAACGCAAAAAUAUUUUGCAGUGGAAAGGACCAACUAUAUAUUUUAAUUUCACAGAAAACGUUGUUCAUAGUAAUUUAUGGGAUUAUUAUGACAUUUGCGAAAGCGAAAUAGUAGAAUCUUUCCAUAAAUGUGCCGUCAGUCACAAGCAUAUAUCUCAGGAAAUAAUCCCUGAUCAUGCGCAAUGUUUUAUACAGAUAUAUAAACAUUGCACUUCAUAUGAAAAUUAUUUGAAUUAUGAAAAGUUUUUGGAAGAUAUUAAACUUUUAUGGGAAGAAUCCAAGAAGCCUAUCACCUGCAGUUUUUCUGAGCUUCCGGAUAAAAUAAUAGUUAAAAUAUUGAGAGAUUUAGAUUUAAAGUCAUUGGGCCGUAUAAGUAGAGUAAAUAAACGCCUAAAUAAUUUAUCACAGGAUCCUGAACUUUACAAAAGUCUGAACAUACGAAAUAUACUCUACACACAUUGGCGCAGUAACAUCGAUGAUAUAUUUUUGUACUUUGCACCCAUAUGUAAAUAUUUGACACAAUUGGAUCUGUCAUUUUGCACAUUUUCUGCUCCGGUUUUUAAUAUGUUUCUCGCUACUCGUGGCCAACUUCUAACAAAUUUAGUAUUAAAUUACUGCCCAUUUAUCGACGAUUCUGUUGUACUUCAAAUUUCAAAAAUAUGCAAAAAUUUAAAAGGAUUGGAUUUAAAAAGUUGUAAUCUCAUAAGAGACGAUGGAUUAUCUCGUCUUCAAAAUCUAAAAUCUCUUGAGCGUUUUCAUCUUGCACAUGUACGAGACAUAAAAGUUAAAACUCUUUGUAAAAUACUGCAGAGAAAUCGACAAAUGCGCGACUUAAAUUUAACACGCCUGCACGGAGUUUUAAAUGUAGACGAAGUCGCAAUGACAUUGAAAACAUUUUGCUCAAAUUUGGAAAACAUAGAUUUAAGAGAAACAUUUUUGACAUCGCAAGGUAUUGAUGCCCUUGCCGAUUGUAAGAAUCUGAGGGAAAUAACUUUUAUAAACAUGUGGUCAGAUGCUAAAAAUACAACCAACGUAAGGAAUAGCUUCUAUAGAUUAUUUUCCUCCUGUCAACGCUUGGAAAAAAUCGACUUAAGCUUUAAUGAUGCUCUCACCAAUCGUGAAUUAGAAACGCUAACGCUAUGCAAAAGUUUAAAAUGUUUAAAGUUGUUAGGUAUAUUGAAGGUAUUACCUAACGUAUGUUUUGAAAUUUUCCUGCAAUGUCCCAAAUUAAAAGAGAUCUGUCUUCAUCCAUUUGUAGUGGUACAUUUAAUUGAUCAAUGGAAUAAAAAAUAUCAAGAUGUAACCAUUUUUACUUCGUAUUAUGAAUGUAAAGUCUUUUAAAUUCUUAUAAUAUAUAAAAAACUCGCUGUAAAAUGUAGCAGUAAGUAAUUUGGUUAUGAGAUAUUGUUGAAUGGAAAGCAAAUGCAAAGCUAAAUUGUGCCCUCAGUUAGUUUUCAAUGUGAAUCAGAUCUGAAGAGCAUACUUUGCAGACAAAUUGACGGCAACACCAGAGCAGAUCUGAUAAUAGCAAUGCAACGACAACAACAAAUCCUAAGCAGAUCUAUCAGUUUACUGUAAAGCAUCUACAGACUUGUAUUGUACCAGACCUGAUUCGUCGCCAUAGUGGUAUGAAGUACACUUGCCUGCAAAAACGGGCCACCAAAUUUUAUCAUAAUGUUUUAAUAUUUUCAAAUAGCGAUUACUCAACGAAAGUAUUGGAUUGAGAUGCAACAGGGAUUAAAUUAAAACUUAAACAUUUUUCUUGAUAGCCAAGAAAACCAAAAUUUGAUUACAAAUAAUUUUCACAAAAUGGCGGACAUUGAAGGCAGGCAUUGAAGAAAAGGAAAAAAAUUUUUUUCUUUGAACUAUUGCCUUGCUCAGGAAAAUGGGCUACCUAGCACAAAAAUGUAUUAGUUUUUAAGAUUAUUAAUUUCCGAAUAAAUCCAUAUUUUUUAUAA